AUCUUAGAAAAAAAAACAUUUUCCAACAUGAAAUGGAGAAAGAAUAAGAAUAAAUUCAGAAAGAACAUGGUUCGUAUCGCAAAAUCAAAAUUGAAGGAAACUUGAGUUCACGCUUUUCAACGCAUAUAGAACCACUUCAUCAAUCCAUAUUUCUAGAAUAGAGUUGUAGGCUUGGUUACUCAUCGAUAUUUAUAUAAAAUUCACAAAUAUCUGCUCUCCCUCAGUCUCUUCUACAAAGGAGAUCGGUAGAGAUCACAAAGCAAAAACCAUGGCUGACACACUCGCUUCUUUAAGGUCUCUGAUGGCUUCUCACUCUCCGCCUCUCGAUGCCUUAGUUGUUCCCUCUGAGGAUUGUCAUCAGAGUGAGUACGUUUCUGCACGGGAUAAGAGGCGGGAAUUUGUUUCUGGAUUCACUGGAAGUGCAGGUUUGGCACUUAUUACAAUGAAUGAUGCUCGACUGUGGACCGAUGGACGCUAUUUCUUGCAGGCAAUGCAACAACUUAGCAAUCAGUGGACUCUCAUGCGUAUUGGAGAGGACCCUCCUGUGGAUACAUGGAUGGCUGAUAAUCUAGCAGCACAUGCGACAGUUGGUAUUGAUCCAUGGUGUAUAUCAGUAGACACUGCACAAAGAUGGGAGGGUGCUUUUGCUAAUAAACAGCAGAAGCUGAUUCAAACUACAACGAAUUUGGUAGAUGAAGUCUGGAAAAAUCGACCCCCACAAGAAUCAAAUCCCGUCAUUGUCCAUCCAUUGGAAUUUACAGGUCGUUCAGUUGCAGACAAGUUGAAGGAUCUGAGAGAAAAAUUCAAACAUGAGAAGGCUCGUGGCAUGAUCAUUACAACACUGGAUGAGGUUGCUUGGUUGUAUAAUAUUCGUGGGAAUGAUGUAUCCUACUGUCCAGUUGUUCAUGCAUUUGCUAUAGUAACAUCCAACUCAGCCUUCCUUUAUGUGGACAAGAGAAAGGUUUCUAGCGAGGCAAACUCUUAUUUGGUGGAGAAUGGAAUUGAGGUUCGGGAGUACACUGCAGUGAGUUCAGAUGUACUCUUGCUUGCAUCUAAUCAGCUCGACUCAAUAUCAUCUGCAUCUAAAGGAACUGAUGCUGAAGUCACAAAAGAUAUGAAAGUGGAUUCCAGUGCAACUGAUGUCACUGAAAAUGGUACAUCUGAAUCAGAAGGAAAUACAUUCGACCUUAUAUGGGUCGACCCUGGUUCAUGCUGCUAUGCUUUAUAUUCAAAGUUGAAUUCUGAGAAAGUGCUCCUGAAGCAGUCACCUUUGGCCCUCGCAAAAGCUUUAAAGAACCCAGUUGAGUUGGAUGGAUUAAGAAAGGCGCACAUUCGUGAUGGUGCUGCUGUUGUGCAAUAUCUUGUCUGGUUGGAUAAGCAGAUGCAGGAUAUUUAUGGAGCUUCUGGUUACUUCUUGGAAGGUGGAAGUGCAAACAAGAAAAAGGAUUUGGAAACUGGAAAACUGACAGAGGUGACUGUAAGCGAUAAGCUGGAAAGUUUUCGAGCAUCUAAAGAGCUUUUUAGAGGCUUAAGUUUCCCAACAAUUUCAUCCGUGGGUCCAAAUGCCGCAAUCAUCCACUACUCUCCACAGGCCGAAACAUGUGCUGAGCUUGAUCCAAAUAGCAUCUAUCUGUUUGAUUCUGGAGCUCAGUAUCUGGAUGGAACAACUGAUAUAACUCGCACGGUCCAUUUCGGAAAGCCAUCAGCUCAUGAAAAAGCAUGCUAUACUGCGGUUCUCAAGGGCCAUAUCGCCCUUGGUAACGCUCGAUUUCCUAAUGGGACUAAUGGUCAUGCCCUUGACAUUCUUGCGAGAAUCCCUUUAUGGAAGGAUGGUCUUGAUUAUCGGCAUGGUACUGGUCAUGGAAUUGGGUCUUACCUGAAUGUUCAUGAAGGGCCCCAUUUGAUUAGUUUCAGGCCACAGGCUCGUAAUGUGCCUCUGCAGGCUUCCAUGACUGUAACAGAUGAACCUGGAUACUAUGAGGAUGGGAACUUUGGUAUAAGAUUGGAGAAUGUGCUUAUAGUUAAUGACGGCAAUACAAAAUUCAAUUUUGGUGACAAGGGCUAUCUAUCAUUUGAGCACAUAACUUGGGCACCAUAUCAAAGUAAGUUAAUCGAUGUGAGCCUAUUAGUGCCGGAUGAGAUAGAUUGGCUGAACACCUAUCAUUCGAGAUGUAGAGAUAUUCUGGCUCCAUAUUUGGAUGAAUCUGAGAAGGCAUGGUUGAAGAAAGCCACUGAACCUAUUGCCGUCUGAUCUUGACUUCUAUAAACCAGAGGGUUUAUUACUGCUCUGCUCUCUGUGUAAAAAUAAAAAUAAGGAGAAAAGAGACUUCAGUUCAUUACUCGCAUGACGAGCAUCAUCUGGAUAUUGCUAUUUUAGUUUUCACUGGUGAUUAUUAUUGUAUUCAUGAUAUUAGUACAUAGGCCUGAGUUCUGCAAGUUUUUCAAUGCAUUUAUGUUAUAAUUUCUAAAUUUGAGCA